AUGUCACCGCUGCUCAGGGUGCCUCAUCCCCGCCGCUACAGACAAGUGGCCCAGUGGCCGACGCUGGCGACAGAGGCUAGCGGUGUUGACGCGAACGGGUUUGCUCAAACCUGGGGCCGCAAACUGCCCGACGAGCGCGGAGAAAGUGGCACGCGACCUCGCCGGAUCGCAGAGGCGCAGCUGGGGAACUUUCUCAGCCCAGCCCCCAGGGUGCUAGAGGGUCAGAAAGGACCCGCCUUGUCCAGCGGGGCGAAGCCCAUGACCCUGUUCCAGAUUCAGUUCCUGAAUGCCGUUGGAGAUCUGUUGGAUCUGAUUCCUUCGGUUUCUCAAACAAAAAAUUCCAGCCUGAAGGUUUUUAAGAGAUGGGACAUGGGACAUUGCUCUGCUCUCAUUAAGGUUCUUCCCGGAUUUGAGAACAUCUUUUUUGCUCACUCAAGCUGGUACACAUACGCAGCCAUGCUCAGGAUAUAUAAACACUGGGACUUCAACAUCAAAGAUAAAGACACCAGCAGUAGUCGCCUCUCUUUCAGCAGUUACCCAGGGUUUUUGGAGUCUCUGGAUGACUUUUACAUUCUUAGCAGUGGUUUGAUAUUGCUACAGACCACAAACAGCGUGUAUAAUAAAACCCUACUAAAGCUUGUGGUACCCCAGUCUCUCCUCGCAUGGCAAAGAGUUCGUGUAGCCAAUAUGAUGGCAAAUGAUGGAAGGCAGUGGGCAGAGAUCUUUUCAAACUACAACUCUGGCACCUAUAACAAUCAGUACAUGGUCCUGGACCUGAAGAAGGUAAAGCCGAAGUAUAGCCUUGACGCAGGCACUCUCUACAUUGUGGAGCAAAUUCCUACAUAUGUAGAAUAUUCUGACCAAACUGAGGUUCUACGGAGAGGAUAUUGGCCCUCCUACAACAUUCCUUUCCAUGAAAAAAUCUACAGCUGGAGUGGCUAUCCAAUGCUAGUUCAGAAGCUGGGUUUGGAGUACUCCUAUGAUAUGGCUUCACGAGCCAAAAUCUUCCGGCGUGACCAAGGGGACGUGACUGAUAUGGCAUCCAUGAAAUAUAUCAUGCGAUACAACAAUUAUAGGAAGGAUCCUUACACUAAGGGCGAUCCCUGCAAUACCAUCUGCUGCCGUGAAGACCUGAACUCACUUAGCCCAAGUCCUGGAGGUUGCUAUGACACAAAGGUGGCAGAUAUCUACCUCGCGUCAGCGUAUACAGCGUAUGCCAUUAGCGGUCCCACAGUACAAGGUGGCCUCCCUGUUUUUCACUGGAACCGUUUCAACAAAACUCUCCACAAGGGCAUGCCAGAGACCUAUGACUUUGAUUUUAUUACCAUGAAACCAGUUUUGAAACGUGACAUAAAAUGAAGGAGGGGAGCUGAGGGAAUAGAAGGGAAUAGAAGGUUGCAAAUAAGAUUCCAAAGGCACUAUUUUAGCUAUGCUUUUCCAUUCAGAAUUAGUCUUAAUAAAAUAUAUUAAAUUCA